UAAUUAACAGCUUCUCUUGACUUCUUUGUUUCUGUGUAUCCAAUUUCCAUGCUGUUUAACAGAUUUGUAAAAAUCAAAAUUAGAAUCAAAAGUCAUAUUUAUUGUAUUAAUAUAAUCGCCUACCACUGUAGAUAAAUUUUCACUUUAAUCCUGUGGAAGGAAAUGUUGUGGUGUCUGGGUCUGCUGUUGAUCAGGGUGGAUGGAGCUCUUCUAUCCAACAAUCAGAAUCAACUACAUCAGGAGUCUAACAAACAAUUGAGCAACCUUCCGCUCAAAACUUAUAUUGGAAAGGAGGAAAACUCAUAUUUGGAGACUCUUUCAAGAGAAAACAGUGGACAGAAAGCUGAAGAUGUACAAUUGUUGAAGAAACUGUUGUCUUUCUAUGAUUUAAGCAUAGUUAAAGACAUGAGUCCGUCCUGCAAAGAUGAUUUAGAAACUGUACAAACUGGAAUAACGAACAAUGAAACAUGGACUUUAGCGCUAAUAGAUGCCAAUGAUUUGUUUCCAAGAGCAGGAGUUCUUCUAUCUCUUCCAGUUUUUCAUUAUCCUGGAUCAAUGGACGAAUGUCUGAAUGUAGUUUCAGGAAAUGUGACUGGCAGGUAUUGGAUGAUAACUACAGUAUCUGAGAAACCUGAGAAUCCCCUAUUAAGCUUGGGGUUAUUAAGGAUUGGAAGAUGUUUUCCAAGUGGUUGUGAUAAGCUAGAUGUUAUUACUGCAGUAAAUAUGUAUCUUGACAAUAUAACCAAUACUAAAGGAACUUACAAAGGAGUUAUUCUUGACGACCAUGAGCGUGGUGAAAAGUAUGAGUUUACUGGCGGUGACAUAACAAUGAUCAUAAUCAUCUCUAUUGUUGGUGCUAUUGUAGUGCUAUCGACAAUAUUGGAUGCGUCUUUAACGAGUUUAAACAUUGGGCUUAAAUCCUCAGGUAUAUGGCAAGGAUUCUCCAUCUAUAACAACCUAAUCAAGCUUUUCAAUACCAACAGUGGACCCAGUGAUGGGGGUAAUCUUGCCUGUAUAAAUGGUAUUAGAGCCAUAUCUAUAUCCUGGGUGGUUCUGGGACAUACCUUCUUUGAGAUGACAAGCCUAGGAGUUCUCACUGGAAAUGGAUUUAUGAUGAAUAACUACGGGAUUUAUGGUCGGGAAGAUGGCCCUGUUGACAACAUGGCAACUGCAGCUAUUUGGAAUGGAAUGUUUUCAGUUGAUUCAUUCUUUAUGAUUGGAGCAAUUCUGCUAGCGUUUCAUACGCUUAAAGAAAUGGAUAAAAACAAGGGAAAAUCAACUAAACAAUGGGCAAUGUUCUGGGCUACUUUCUAUGUUCAUAGAUACAUUAGACUUACAGCUGUUUACGCCAUUGUUAUCGGAUUACACGCUACACUACUCAAAUACUUUGCUAAUGGCCCCUUGUCAUAUUUAGUAACUAAACAAGUGACAAAAUGCCAAAAUGGAUGGUAUCUCAAUCUCCUGUAUAUAAAUAACUUUGCAAAUAAUAUUGGCACAGAUAUGAACUGCAUGGGAUGGUCCUGGUAUAUGGCAAAUGAUAUGCAGUUCUUCAUCAUAACUCCUGUAAUAUUGUAUUUACUAUGGAAAUGGUUUCCAAUAGGUAUAACUGUGUCUGUUGUGUUACUAGUAGUGGCAACCAUUAUACCCUUUACAUUAACAUGGACGGAUGAAACCCAGUUCUUUCACGGAGAUGUUACAGACUUUUAUCAGAAACCAUGGAACAGAUUUCAGCCUUACGUCAUGGGACUCCUUCUAGGAUAUCUUUUACAUAACAUGAGACAUCAAAGCAAACUAAAGAUACCAGGAUGGGUUUGUUUACUCAUCUGGGUUGUAGCCGCAGUCCUAGCCUGUCUUCCUGUCUAUGGAGUAUCCACCUACAAUAUGAUUAAGGACCCAGCUCUACAGAUGCCCGGAUCUCCGAAUUAUCCGAGUCAGGUGGAGAGAUCAUUCUUCAAUGGAUUGAGUAAAAUAUCCUGGUGUUUAGCUCUGGGUUGGGUCAUUCUCUCCAGUGUGAAGGGACGCGGUGGAGUAGUGAACUCAUUUUUAUCCUGGGGUCUCUGGGUACCCCUAGCCCGGCUCAGCUACUGUAUAUACCUGAUACAGUACACUGUAGUGUACUGGCAGAAUAGCCAGCUAAGCUAUCCGGUCAACUACAGUAAUCUUUACCUCACCUACACUACUAUUAGCAAUUUUUCAAUGUGCACGGCGUGUGCUCUGGUGCUUGUGUUACUGUUUGAAGCGCCAUUUUUUCAUCUGGAAAAACUCCUGUUUGGGGUUCUUGGCAUAGGUAGGAUGCCAGCGCCGAGAAAGGAAAAACAGAAAGGUUCUGCUGAAAAAGUAAAAGAGGAAAAACAAACAAAACUGUGAUAGUUUGAUUAUGGAUUAAUGCAAAUUGCAAAAACGUUGAAUAUAUAAGUUUUAUUAAAAAAAAUAUGUUCGAAAAAUAUAUUUUAAAAUCCAGA